UCAUGGGGAUUUAGCCCGAAACUGACCUCCUUUUUGACCCGAAUUUGACGAAAGCUUCUUCCUUUUCUUCUCUAUCCAAAUUUCUAGGCUCUCGACGGCAACCCUCCUUUCUAUCCUUCAUCGGAGACGAAACGGGAUCUAGGGUUCAACUUUCACCUUCACGCCGUACAACUGAAGUCAUAGUGGAACUCUCUUCGUUUUGGAAGAGAGUACCCUUGAGUUGUUUAGCGAUGACUCUCGAAUUUUAACGGCUAGAGUUGCUUGGCUAUGUUGGAUGGUACAUCAAAAGACCCAGUUGGAAACUGUAAAGUUAGAAACCCAAUAAGUCAAUUCUCUUCUGUCCACCGACUCUCUGGCCUGAAGCUGCAAAUCCAAUUAGGUCUCAAGUCAUUGCCAGCACUCUCUAUCAUCACCUUUUCGGCUGAAGCUAGACUGUUGCCACUAUCACAUCUGAGGUCCUUCCACAACCUCGGGUAAAUACAGGAUUUCCGAAAUCAAGUGCUAUAUGACAACAAGCUGACAAAAAAUGAAUUAUUCAUCUGAUGAGGAUGAUAAGCCCUUGGUUUUCAAAAGGAGCUCAACUUCUGAUAAAUUUAAGCAUUCUGCUCAACAGAAGGCAGCUGCAGUUGUUAGGCAAGAGAAGCCUUCCCCUAAAACUGUUGCUAAGCAAAACAGUGACUCGGAGGAUUCUGAAGAUGACAAACCAUUGAGUUCUAGAAUUUCAACUGUACCUAAGGCAAACUCCAACCAUGUGAAAGUAGGACCUAGCAUGAGUGCAUCUCAACGUUCAAAAACACAAGUAAAAAAUGAAGAUUCUGAUGACGAGAAACCUUUAUCUUCGAAAUUCACGCCCAAAUCCUAUGUCAGUGCAUCUAUCCGCAAGCAUGAUGAUUCUGAUGAUGAUAAACCAUUAUCAUCGAAAGUUAAGCAAAAUGGUUCUGCAUCAAGGGAUAAUCAAAGUAGAAAACCUAAUAUUGGCUUAAAUAAGAGACCUCCAAAUGAGGAAAAUUCUUUAGGUCAGUCAUCGAUUAAAAAGCCAAAGCUUUCAGAUUCAUCCGCACCAAUCAACCGCAAGCCAGUUUCUGUGAAACCAGAGUCUGAGACAGAUGAUGACGAGAAUGAUCACGUUCCCAUAUCUCAGAGGAUGAAGAACAAAGCUCCAUCAGGUAGUAAAUCGGCAUCCAUAAAACAGAAGUCGAUUAAAGUAAAUUCCUCUUCGUUUAAGAAAACCAUCAAGAAGUCGAAGAAGAUAGAGAAAAAUUCAAAAUACUCUAAGCCGUCAAAGGUCCCCCCUGGAUCCGGUGAAGGGCAGAAGUGGACAAGUUUGGUUCAUAAUGGUGUAAUUUUCCCACCACCAUACAAGCCUCAUGGGGUUAAGAUGCUCUACAAGGGGAAGCCUGUUGAUUUGACUCCCGAACAGGAGGAGGUUGCAACAAUGUUUGCAGUGAUGUUAGAUACUGAUUACAUGACCAAACCUGUGUUCAAAGAAAAUUUCAUGGGUGAUUGGCGCAAGAUAUUGGGAAGAAACCACACAAUCCAGAAUUUAGAUGACUGUGAUUUCAGACCUAUAUAUGAAUGGCAUCAGAGGGAAAAGGAGAAAAAGAAGCAAAUGAGUACAGAAGAGAAGAAAGCUGUAAAAGAAGAAAAGAUGAAGCUCGAGGAGAAAUAUAUGUGGGCCAUAGUUGAUGGGGUGAAAGAGAAGGUUGGAAACUUCCGAGUAGAGCCACCCGGGUUGUUCCGAGGCCGUGGAGAGCAUCCAAAGAUGGGAAAGCUGAAAAAGCGCAUCCGUCCGAGUGAUAUUACAAUAAAUAUUGGGAAGGGCUCCCCAAUCCCUGAAUGUCCAAUUCCUGGUCAAAGCUGGAAAGAAGUUAGGCAUGAUAAUACUGUCACUUGGUUAGCAUAUUGGAAUGAUCCGAUAAAUCCGAAGGACUUCAAGUAUGUGUUUCUAGCCGCAAGCAGUUCCCUGAAGGGUCAAAGUGACAAGGAAAAAUACGAGAAAGCAAGGUCAUUGAAGGGAUACAUUGAAGGCAUCAGAAAAGCUUACACUAGAGAUUUUGGAAAUAAGGAUGUGACAAAGAGGCAAGUGGCAGUGGCUACAUAUCUCAUCGAUAAAUUAGCACUUAGGGCAGGGAAUGAGAAGGAUGAUGAUGAAGCUGAUACAGUUGGUUGCUGCACGUUGAAAGUAGAAAACGUUGAGCCAGAGCCUCCGAAUAUCCUGAAGUUUGACUUCCUUGGUAAAGAUUCUAUACGGUACCAAAAUGAGGUUGAAGUAGAGCUUCCAGUGUUCAAAGCGAUUCAACAGUUCCGAACAGGGAAGAAAGAUGGCGAUGAUCUAUUUGACAAGCUGGAUACCAGUACUUUGAAUGCUCAUCUAAAGGAACUCAUGCCUGGCCUGACAGCAAAAGUUUUCCGUACAUAUAAUGCAUCAUUCACAUUGGAUGAUAUGUUAAAUAGGGAUAUGAAGGGUGGAAAUGUUGCUGAAAACUUAGUCGUUUAUAACCAAGCAAACAAGGAGGUUGCAAUCAUUUGUAAUCAUCAACGGACUGUUUCAAAGUCUCAUAGUGCACAAAUGACGAGGUUGAAUGAGAAAAUAGAGGAACUAAAGGGUGUUGUAGAAGAACUGGAAACUGAUUUGGCUCGUGCAAAGAAAGGGAAGCCUCCAUUGAAGGGUUCUGAUGGGAAGACGAAGAGAAAUAUGAACCCUGAAGCGUUACAUAAGAAGAUUGUUCAAACUAAUGCAAAGAUUGAGAAAAUGGAACGCGACAAAGAGACCAAAGAAGACUUGAAAACUGUGGCAUUGGGUACUUCAAAAAUCAACUAUCUUGAUCCUAGAAUAACUGUGGCAUGGUGUAAGCGUCGUGAAGUUCCCAUCGAGAAGGUAUUUAACAAGUCUUUACUGGCAAAGUUCGCUUGGGCGAUGGAUGUGGAACCUAGCUUCAGGUUCUAGAGAGAAACUCUUGUAGCACCAGCUGUAUCCCGACCCAAAAAAAGAAAAAGAAAGAACUAAAUGGACAGAAGAAAUCGAUGAAUUUACAAUUUUUGUUAUACUUUUCCAUUUUAUUCCUUUACUUAGCGGAAAAUUCAUGUUGUACUAAGCAUGUUAAAUGAACUAACGAUGAGUUACUCGAAGAUGUGUUAAUCUUGACACGUUAUGCAA